UCCAGGCUUCAGGCUCAAUCUGCGGCCAGCAGCAGCAGAGGUGGUGGGGAGGAGAGAGGAACAUUUGAUCUACUACUUUAUAUCCUCCUGCGGCUUCUUCCACUGGGGCAGGGAGAACAAAAGACGAACAACUGCAUGAUUAGAGGCGCCAGCUCCUCUGUCUUCAUCUCUCGACUGUAAGCCAGGCUAGCUUGAUGCUCAGUUCAGCCUGCUAGCCUUUGUGGCAGGGCUGUCCAUGCAUCCAAGGAGCCCCUAAACAACCCCGGGCUGGGAGAAGCCUCGGCUUUCUUUUAUUUUUUUUCCUGCUUUGACAGUCUGCAAAAAAAAUAUUCUCUGAGUGGGCAGACGGCAGCAUCCCUGUCAGCUUCAUUGCGCACUCACAAAGCGGAUUUCCAGUGUGGAGCAUCACCGCCUGGGCACGGUUUACACGUCGUCGCCUGUCUGCAACCUCCAGCUUUUGACAGCACCAAGAGACGAUUGAUGACUAAUAUUCUUUCAAGAUAGGCUACAAUGUUGCGCACCGUGGCCAACAUGUUGGCAACAGGAUUGCUUUUCUUGGGAUUGUUGCACAGUUUGGAAGUAUUCGCUCCGGCAAGGGCUAUAGAUGCUCCAAAGACCUGCAGCCCGAAGCAGUUCGUGUGUAAAGAUGGGGUGACGUGCAUCUCUAAGGGCUGGCGCUGCGAUCGGGAGAAGGACUGCCCGGACGGCUCUGAUGAGGAGCCUGAUGUUUGUCCACACAGCACUGUAUCACGUUGCCCUCCCAAUGAGUACCAGUGUGGAGGAACGGAGCUCUGCAUCCACAUGAGCAAGCUGUGCAACGGGGCUCCAGACUGUACUGACGGCUGGGAUGAGGGACCACACUGCAGAGAGUUUAUAUCCAACUGCUCCCUCAUGGGUUGUCAGGAGAGCUGUGCGGUGACUCCAGGAGGGCCUGCUUGUUACUGUAAGAGUGGUUAUGAGAUCAGCGCAGAUGGAAAGACAUGCAAAGAUUUUGAUGAGUGUAGUUUGUAUGGGACCUGCAGUCAGACCUGUACCAACACUGAAGGCUCCUACACCUGCUCCUGUGUGGAGGGCUACUUGCCCCAGCCAGACAACCGCUCAUGCAAGGCCAAGAAUGUGCCAGUAGACCGUCUGCCUGUCCUGCUGAUCGCCAACUCCCAGAACAUCCAAGCCACCUCCCUGAGCGGCACCACGGUCCACAGCCUGCUGUCCACCAGCACCAAGCAAACCACAGCUAUGGACUUCCUCUACGCCCAGGAGACUGUCUGCUGGAUCCACGUAGGAGACGCCCCUGCAUCCACACACCUCAAAUGUGCCAAGAUCCCCAAUCUGAAGAGCUUCACAGAGGAGAGAGUCAUCAACAUCUCCCUCAGCCUGCACCAUGUGGAGCAGAUGGCCAUCGACUGGCUCACAGGAAACUUCUACUUUGUGGAUGACGUGGACGACAGGAUCUUCGUGUGUGACAAGGAUGGGCAGACAUGUGUCACCCUCCUGGACCAGGAGCUGUAUAACCCUAAAGGCAUCGCCUUGGACCCCACCAUGGGGAAGGUAUUCUUCACAGACUAUGGUCAGAUCCCCAAGGUGGAGCGCUGCGACAUGGACGGCCAGAACCGAACCAAGCUCGUGGACAGUAAGAUUGUAUUCCCCCACGGCAUCACACUGGAUCUCGUCAGCAGGCUGGUGUACUGGGCCGAUGCCUACCUGGACUACAUUGAGGUGGUGGACUAUGAAGGCAAGAACCGGCAUACCAUCAUCCAAGGCCUGCUGAUCGAGCACCUGUACGGGCUGACUGUGUUUGAAAACUACCUGUAUGCCACCAAUUCAGACAAUGCUAACAUGCAGCCUAAAACCAGUGUGAUCAGGGUCAACCGCUUCAACAGCACAGACUAUCAAGUAGUGACCAGGGUGGACAAGGGAGGAGCACUGCACGUCUACCACCAGAGACGCCAGCCUCCAGUACGUAGCCAUGCAUGUGAGGUGGACCAGUUUGGGAAGGCUGGAGGCUGCUCAGACAUCUGUUUGCUGGGAAACGGCCACAAGACCCGAACCUGCCGCUGUCGCUCUGGAUUCAGCCUGGGCAGCGAUGGCAAGUCCUGCAAAAAACCCGAGCAUGAGCUGUUCCUGGUCUAUGGUAAAGGUCGCCCAGGGGUCAUCAGGGGCAUGGAUAUGAAUGCCAAGGUGCCAGAUGAGUACAUGAUCCCCAUAGAGAAUCUGAUGAAUCCCAGAGCUCUGGACUUUCACGCUGAGAGCGAGUUCAUCUACUUUGCUGAUGCCACCAGCUACAUCAUCGGGCGACAGAAGAUUGAUGGAACAGAAAGGGAUACCAUUGUGAAGGAAGGAAUACACACAGUAGAGGGAAUAGCUGUGGACUGGAUGGCUGACAACUUGUACUGGACAGAUGACGGGCCCAAGAAAACCAUCAGUGUGGCUCGGCUGGAAAAGGCUUCACAGACACGCAAAACCCUCAUUGAGGGAAAAAUGACUCACCCUCGUGCCAUUGUAGUGGAUCCUCUGCACGGGUGGAUGUACUGGACAGACUGGGAGGAGGACCCUAAGGAGAGCAAGCGGGGUAAAAUUGAGCGGGCUUGGAUGGAUGGCUCCAACAGAGAAGUGUUCCUGACCAGCAAAACUGUGCUGUGGCCAAACGGCCUCAGCCUGGACAUCCCGCAGGGCAUCCUCUACUGGGUGGACGCCUACUAUGACCGCAUUGAGAUGGUCUACCUUAACAGCACUUUACGCAAGACGGUGUACGAAGGUCAGGAACUGAACCACGCCUUUGGUCUGUGCCACUACAAACACUUCUUGUUUUGGAACGAGUAUCGUAGUGGCAGCAUUUACAAGUUGGACACUACCACUGGCACUGCCACACUGCUGCGCAAUGAGAGACCUCCCAUCUUUGAAAUCCGCAUGUACGACGCUCAGCAGCAGCAAGGCUCUAAUGCGUGUCGUGUGUACAAUGGCGGCUGCAGCAGUCUGUGUCUGGCUACGCCAGAAGGCAGGCAGUGUGCCUGUGCAGAAGACCAAAUACUCGACCCAGCUGACAACACCAGCUGCAAAGCCAACCCAUCUUACGUACCCCCUCCUCAGUGCCAGCCUGGGGAGUUUGCUUGUAAGAAUAACCGCUGCAUCCAGGAGCGCUGGAAGUGUGACGGAGACAACGACUGUCUGGACAACAGCGAUGAGGCUCCUGAACUGUGCCACCAGCACACCUGCCCCACAGACCGAUUUAAGUGCAAGAACAACCGCUGCAUCCCUCUGCGCUGGUUGUGUGAUGGAGACAAUGACUGCGGGAAUGACGAGGACGAAUCCAACACCACCUGCUCAGCUCGAACCUGCCCGCCCAAUCAGUACUCAUGUGCCAGUGGGCGCUGCAUCCCUAUUUCCUGGACAUGUGACUUGGACGAUGACUGUGGUGAUCGAUCAGAUGAACCUGCUUCCUGUGCCUACCCCACAUGUUUCCCCCUCACCCAGUUUACCUGCAACAACGGACGCUGCAUCAACAUAAACUGGCGCUGUGAUAAUGAUAAUGACUGCGGGGAUAACAGCGACGAGGCAGGCUGUAGUCACUCCUGCUCCAGCGCUCAGUUCAAGUGCAACAGCGGCCGCUGCAUCCCAGAUUACUGGACAUGUGACGGAGAUAAUGACUGUGGGGACUACAGUGACGAGACGCACGCAAACUGCACCAAUCAGGCCACGCGUCCCCCUGGAGGCUGUCACACCGAUGAAUUUCAAUGUCGUAUGGAUGGUCUGUGCAUCCCCCUACGUUGGCGCUGUGAUGGGGACACUGACUGCAUGGACCUGAGCGACGAAAAGAACUGUGAGGGUGUCACACACAUGUGCGACCCGGCUGUCAAGUUUGGCUGCAGGGACUCUGCACGCUGUAUCAGCAAAGCCUGGGUGUGCGACGGUGACAGCGACUGUGAGGACAACUCCGACGAGGACAACUGUGAGGCGCUAGUGUGUAAGCUCUCUCACCAUGUGUGUGCCAACGACUCCACCAUCUGCCUGCCUGCAGAGAAACUUUGUGAUGGCACUGAUGACUGUCCAGAUGGCUCUGAUGAGAAACUCUGCGACCUGUGUUCACUGGACAAUGGCGACUGCAGUCAUAACUGCACAGUGGCCCCUGGCGAGGGGGUGAUCUGUUCCUGCCCACUGGGCAUGGAGUUGGGGCUCGACAACAAGACCUGUCAAAUCCAGAGCUUCUGUGCCAAACACCUUAAGUGCAGUCAACGCUGUGAGCAGGACAAGUUCAGUGUGAAGUGUUCUUGUUACGAGGGCUGGGAGUUGGAGCCUGACAUGGAGAACUGCAAGAGCACGGGUAAGGGGCCGUGGAAGCAAUGUGUUUAA